UUUGAAAUGUUUUCAGUUUUGUUUAAGAUAUGCUAGGUCUGGUUCCAUCUGCACGGUUCAUUAUCUCAGUACUAACGUCAUGGAAAUAGUGUUGAUCCUCCACCCUCAUCACAGACUGCUGGGAGCUGCUACAUGAGAAGACCAAUGAAGACCUCACAUGCACAGGACAGUGCAGGAGGGCAGGGCCUCUUAUGAUGCCUCAUACAAACGUGUGCUGCGAGAACCAUGGGAACAUGAAUGUGAACUGAGGUGCAGUUCGAAAGAUAACCGUAAAGCCUUGCAACUUUUGCAGCUCAUUGCUUGACGAGACAGCUCGUACUCCACCACCAGAGGAAUAACCAUGAGAGACAUGUUGCAGUGUCGAGUGAAUUUCCUGGAUGACACCCACUUUGUGUGGGAACUGGAGAGAAAUGCAGUGGGACAAGUUCUCUUCAGCAAAGUUUGUGAACACCUUGACCUGCUGGAGAGGGAUUAUUACGGUCUGGUUAUGUGGGAUUCUCCAAGUACCAGGGUAUGGCUGGACUGUGCUAAAGAGAUCCGAAAACAGAUAAAAAGUCCAGAAACUGAAUUCUUUUUCAGCAUCAAAUUUUACCCACCCGAUCCCUCAAUUCUGGCAGAGGACAUCACUAGAUAUCUCCUGUGUCUUCAGCUGAAGAAAGAUAUUUUGAUUGGCCGACUGCCCUGUCCAUCAGACAUCUUGCCUCUGUUGGGUUCAUACACAGUUCAGUCAACACUAGGAGAUUACGACCCAAAUCUCCACAAGAACAACUAUGUCAGUGAAAUCGUUCUUGCACCCAAUCAGAGUGAAGAGCUGGAGGAGAGAGUGAUGGAGCUGCAUUCCACAUACAGAUUCAUGAGUCCUGCCCAAGCAGAUAUGCUUUUCCUUGAGAACGCCAUGGGGCUUCCCAUGUAUGGCGUGGACCUGCAUCCUGCCAAAGAUGUCAGCGGUGCAGAUGUGAUGCUCGGCGUGUGCUCUGAGGGACUGAUGGUUUAUGAGGAUGAGAUAAAAACAAAUAUUUUCCCUUGGCCCAGAGUUCUUAAAAUUUCCUACAAACGCAGCACCUUCCUUCUCAAGAUGCGUCCUUCUGAGCAGGAUGAGUCUGAGGGUGACGUCUGCUUUAGAUUGGCCACCUACCGAGCCUGCAAACAACUGUGGAAAUGCUCUGUAGAACAUCAUAGCUUCUUCAGAAACAGACUUCAAGACACAAAAGCAAAACGGCUCUUCACCUUGGGUUCCAGGUUCCGCCACCAUGGACUCGCUCAGUCUCAGUGCCUGGAGGCCAGUGGCAACAUCACGCGAGCUCCUCCUCGAUUCACACGUUAUAUCUUCAAGAGAAAAGCAAAUGAAGAAAUUCUUGAUAUUCUAACACAACCAGUUCGAGCUGAGUUUGAUGAUUGGUUCCUGGUCUACGGUCCAGACAAAUGGCAAAUUUCUACAUCAGAUGAUGGGAUGCUGGAAAGCCAAAAGCUGCAGGAGUGGAAACAUCAUGCAGAUGAUUGGUGUGUCCUCCUUGACAGCAGCAAAUUUCCAGUUUCACUAUCAGGCGUCCAGCAGCCUCUUCAGACGGAAGAACUGAGAGAGGACGUGGAAGUUGUGGAGGGGUCAGACGACAGGCUCACAGAUGAGCUUGUGAUAAAGCAAUCAUAUAAAGUUCAGGUGGUCCAGGAGGGCUCUGAUGUUAUCGAGAAAGAACACCAGGAAGGAAUGAAACCUCUAAAGGAGACACUAAGAGAGGAAGUACUAGAAGUCGAUGGAGAAAGAAUACAGAGGGUAGUAAUCACUAAACAAUGGAAACAGGAGGUAUCCUCUUCCAGCUCUUUGGUGGAAUCACAAAUAGAUGUAGAGAAAAAUAUAGAGAGGAUGGAGAUGGUAGAAAGACAUGUUAUGGUCACCGAAGAGAGGAAAUUUGGUUCUGGAGACCUUUUUGAGAGACUGGAGAUCAUGGAGCAGAGACUGGAGGAGGUGGAGGCUAUCGAACGAAAGCUAGUUGAGGUGGAAGAACUGAGGGUUGGAUUACAGGAAAUGGAAAGUUUGGAACAAAGGUUGCAGCAAGUUGAAAAGGAGGAACUUCAACACAUGGAGACAGAUGAUUGGUACAUUUUACUAGAUAGCAGGCCAUUGAUGCUAACGCCUACUCCCAUAGGAAGAGUUCAGGAGGAGUUGACAGAGAUAGUAUAUAUCCCCAAACUAAUGAAGAAAGAUGAUGAUUGGUACAUUCUAUUGGAUGUGGUCCCACAAACCAUGGAGAUAUCGCAUCAUCUUUCAGAAGUGAGCAGCCCUGUUCCUGAAGAAUAUCAGGCUGAAGAAGAGAAGAGUGUGGUAGAAAGGAAAAUACAGCAAGAGCUGGUGCCACCAGAGAAGCCACAAACACAGACUACAGAGGAGGUGAUUCCGAGCAGAGUGGAAGCAGAGGAGGUACAGAAAGAACAAAAGGAGCCGGUGACAAGGGAUUAUGGGAGACCACGGCCAGUUGUUCUUGAGCAGAGAGCAGCACAGCCUCAAACAGAUGAAGACGACGACUGGUUUGCCAUUUUGGGUGAUUCUCCUAAAAGAUCAGUGCCCUCUGUUGAGCUGCAUGAAGAGACCAGAGAGGACAUGAUCUGGAGCGGAGUGAAAACAGAGCAGAUAAAACAGCAGAUGCAGGUGGCAGAGGAUUAUGGGAGACCACAGACACUUAUUCUGGAGCAGAGAGCAGCACAGCCUCAAAGAGAUGUGGAGGACGACUGGUUCAUCAUUUUUGAUGUUUCUCCUAAAGAAUCAGUGCCAUCGCCUCCACAGCUGCGAGGCGCAACUGUUGGGCUUAAUAAGGAGACCAGAGAGGAGGAAGUUCAGAGGAGAGUGAGGACUGAGGAGAAAGUGGUUGAGGUGAUGACCGUGACCACUAAAGAACAAACGACAGUAUCAGAGAAGAAAGUGGUUGAGGUGAUGACAGUGAACACUAAAGAGCAAAUAACAGUAUCAGAGAAGAAAGUGGUUGAGGUGAUGACCGUGAGCACUAAAGAACUAAUAACAGUACCAGAGAAGAAGAGGACGAGCGUCGUACAAUCCCCACAGUUUCCAGUGGUGCCCAGGGAAGUUGAUGACGACUGGUUUCAGCUUUUUGACAAAGUGCCUUAUGAGGACAAGAGUUUUCCAUCAGUGUCUGUCACACCAGAAACUCGUGUUGUGUCUGUUGCUCCUUUGGAGGCUGAAGAAAAGAGAGGUGUUGGGAGGAGAAAAGAAGAGGUGCAGAUGAAACAACAGGAGCAGGUGAAAGUGAAUUAUAGAAGGCCAGAGCUACUCGCAGAGUCUGAAAGAGACAUAGACGACGACUGGUUCAUCAUUUUUGAUGUUUCUCCUAUAGAAUCAGUGCCGUCGUCUCCACAGCUGCGAGGCACAACUGUUGGGCUUUAUGAGCAGACCAGGGAGGAGAAGGUUCAGAGGAGAGUAAGGACUGAGGAGAAAGUGAUUGAGGUGAUGACCGUGAACACUAAAGAACAAAUAACAGUACCAGAGAAGAAGAGGACGAGCGUCAUACAAACCCCACAGUUUCCAGUGGUGACCAGGGAAGUUGAUGACGACUGGUUUCAGCUUUUUGACAAAGUGCCUUAUGAGGACAAGAGUUUUCCAUCAGAUGUCAGAAGCACAGAUUUUGAGGUCUGGGAAAUCACCAAAGACCAGAGAGUUCAGAGGGUGGUGGGGGAGCAGAUGAGAGAGAAAAGACUGAUCACUGAAGAAAAGACAGUGGUCAUUGAUGAGCACAGAAAGAGAGCUGACGUUGUUCCGCAGAUGAUUCCCACCAGGCUUCAGGAAGUUGAUGAUGAUUGGUUUGAACUGCUUGACACAACACCUUCUGAGAAGAGGAGCGUCCCUUCAGUGGUUUCAGUGGCCACUGUAGAGCGUAGGAUUAAAGAACAGGAGGACAGAGAGAGACAGCAGGAGAUGAGAGUGAGAGAGGAGGAGAAGAGGAGACUAAGAGAACAAGAGAAACGAAAACAGGAACUGGAAGCCAGAAGAGCUCAACCAUCUAUUACUCUGGCAACAGAAGUACAGCCUCAGAUUGAAUCAGAAGAUGACUGGUUCAUUCUGUUUGAUGUUUCACCACAAGAAACAGUUGUUGCAGAUUACCUUAAAGUGGACAGGAGUGCUGAGGAAAAGAAGAGGAGAAGAGAAGAAGAGAGGAAGAAACAGAUAAGAGUUGAGGAAAGACUAAAAAGGCCAGCUGUACCAGAGAAAAGACCAGUACAGCUGCAGACAGCAUUGGAGGACGAUUGGUUUACCCUUAUAGGGGCUUCCCCUAAAGAUUAUGUUGCCACUCUUCCACACACACCUGUUAUUUCCCCAUUGGCUCCACCCAAACCCCGCCCACAGAUCCCAGCUGACCAACCACUGACUUCCACUCCGUCCGCACAAGCUGUGUCCAUUACAAAAACCCGUCAGGAGAAGACAAAAGACAUCCUGAACAUCACACUGGAGUCUGAGGCUGAGACUCAGUCCAUGAGGUCACAGAUAUGGAAAAAGAAAAUUGAGGGAGAGAGCAUUUAUGUUCGUCACAGCAUUCUGAUGCUGGAGGACUUGGAUGUGUCUCAGGAGCUGAUUUUAAAGCACCAGGCCAGCAUUACUGAACUUAAGCGUGUCUUUAUGGAGGUCAAGGAAGAUUUCGGACCCACUGAAUGGGACAGACGUCUCUCGUCAUACUCACCUUCUGGCAAAGCUCAGCUCCCCCAUUUCAACGGCGAGAUACUUGUCAGAAUGGGCUUAAUUGAAGAGGAUGAAAAAACAGUCUUGUUUCACCAACAAGAAACAAUAUAUGUUUGAAUUCAAACUGCCUGAACAGUUCAUUUCUACGCACUUGCAUAUAAUCAAGGAUGUGAAUAUGUGGAAAAAACAAAUGCUUUGCAUGUUUUAUAGAAUAUAAUCCUCUUUUGCAGAUUUCAUGAAUUUGAUCAAUGUAAUUUAACAUUGUUGAUAGUUGUUUACUUGAACACUGGCAAUCCACAAUACUAUAUAAUUUGACAUAAUUUUAUUUUUAUAGACCUUCAAACUGAAAAUCAAUACAAAUCUCAAGCUUCAAUUUAGUUUAUUUUAAUUUAACUGCUUACACCUAUUCAAUUAUAAUCAAAAGGAAUAAAAGCUGUCAUAUGCACUGCCAAAUUUGAGAUGUGUUUAUUCUAUGUUCAGUAUGUGGCACACUGUCGAUUUCUAAACAUGUUCAGCAAUUUUUUAUAUAUUUUUAGGCACAAAUCUAAGAAAAUGAUAGACAAAUU